AUGGAAGGAGAAUUACAAGCCCAGAUCCCCGGCCUGGACCGGGUCAUCUCCGAAUACUCUGUGGGAUACUUGACCCAUGCUUCCAAUCUCUACGUGGAAGAUGCGAACGCCCCAUCCCCUUUAACCGAGGCCGCUGAAAGCGUGAGCGAACUACUAGUAUCGGCAUCAGGCGACUUCUCCUCCAAGAAUCGGGAUGCGAUUAACAAGUUGGUGGAAAAGUUCAUUACCACAUUGAGCUCUGCCAAUGGCCUUGAUGAUGAGCGUCGGCAGAUGCCAUUCGCUGCGAAGAAACUCGACCAAACUAUCAAUGUCGGUUCGCAGCGAAACAUGUCCUCUACACUGGGUCUGACUGGUGGAAAUGUGGACUUGGAAUCGGCCAAUGCCCGUAAGGUGGAAUCGCGUGUCGACAAGAAGAAGCUGGAGAAGGCUGAGCGCAAGAUUCGCGCGAAGCAGGAGAAGAAACAAAUGAAGAACGUCACCUACGAGGCCUCACGUCUGCUUAACCAGCCAGAUGAAGCAAUGACCUAUGAAGAGUUCUUCAUGGCUGUUAACCCGCUCCAGCUUGGUGCGGACGCCCAGUCCAAGAGCAAGGAUGUCAAAUUGGAUAGAAUUGAUAUAUCUAUUGGUGGAAUGCGCAUUUUGACGGAUGCUGAUUUAACUCUCGCAUACGGUCGUCGCUAUGGUCUUGUUGGUCAGAACGGUAUCGGAAAGUCUACCCUGUUGCGUGCAUUGAGUCGUCGUGAAGUCGCCAUUCCUAGCCAUAUUUCCAUUCUUCACGUUGAACAAGAGAUUACGGGUGAUGAUACACCAGCACUUCAAGCGGUGUUGGAUGCCGACGUUUGGCGCAAACACCUUCUUGCAGAGCAAGAAAAAAUCUCAAAACAGUUGGCUGCCAUCGAAGAGGAACGAUCCUCUCUGGCUGAUACUUCGAAGGAUGCUGCCAGGUUAGAUCAUGAACGAGAAGGUUUGGAUAUCACCUUGAGCGAUAUUUACUCCAAGCUCAAUGAGAUGGAAUCCGACAAGGCAGAGUCUCGAGCAGCUAGUAUUCUGGCUGGUCUUGGUUUCUCACAAGAGAGACAACAGUAUGCUACCAAGACAUUCUCUGGAGGUUGGCGAAUGCGUCUUGCAUUAGCACGAGCUCUUUUCUGUGAACCUGAUCUAUUGCUUCUUGACGAACCGUCGAACAUGUUGGACGUUCCGUCCAUUACUUUCCUGGCUAAUUACCUGCAAGGAUACCCUAGCACAGUCUUGGUCGUAUCUCACGAUCGUGCAUUCCUGAACGAAGUUGCCACUGAUAUUGUCCACCAACACUCUGAGAGAUUGGAUUACUACAAGGGAGCUAACUUCGAAUCCUUCUACGCAACCAAGGAAGAGAGACGAAAGAAUGCCAAGCGUGAAUACGAGAAACAAAUGGCAGAGAGGGCCCAUUUGCAAGCUUUCAUCGACAAAUUCCGUUACAAUGCUGCUAAAUCCUCAGAAGCACAGUCCAGAAUUAAGAAGCUCGAGCGUAUGCCCGUUCUCGAGGCCCCCGAGAGCGAAUACGUCGUUCACUUCCAAUUCCCCGAAGUCGAGAAGCUAUCGCCUCCCAUUGUCCAAAUGUCAGAUGUCUGCUUCGGCUACUCUGUUGAAAAGCCUCUUCUUAAGGAUGUCGAUCUUGAUGUCCAACUGGAUUCGCGUAUUGGAAUUGUUGGACCUAACGGUGCCGGUAAAACCACUGUGCUGAAACUGCUCACCAACCAGCUCCAGCCGACCAAGGGUCUCAUUUCUGCACACUCUCGAUUGCGUAUUGGAUUCUUCGCUCAGCACCACGUUGAUGCUCUCGAUCUGACUACAAGCGCUGUCAGCUUUAUGGCAAAGACAUACCCCGGAAAGUCUGACGAGGAGUACCGAAGACACUUGGGCGCGUUCGGUAUCACCGGUAUGACUGGUCUCCAGCGCAUGGAGCUUCUUUCUGGAGGUCAGAAAUCUCGUGUUGCUUUUGCAUGCUUGUCUUUGACCAACCCUCACAUUCUUGUUCUUGAUGAACCUUCCAAUCACUUGGAUAUUGAAGGUAUGGAUGCGCUUUCCGACGCGCUCCAGCGAUUCGAAGGUGGUGUGGUAAUGGUUUCUCACGAUGUUACCAUGCUGCAAAAUGUCUGCAAGAGUCUCUGGGUCUGUGACCAGGGCACUGUGACCAAGUUCGAUGGUGAUGUGAAGGCAUACAAGAAGAAGAUCAGUGCUCAGGCUGAUGAGGCUGGUGUUGUGGCUCGCCACUAA